UUCAAAUUAGUUCUCAGUUCAUCGAAUUACGGUUCCUGAUUGCGUAGAUUCUUCUUCUUCUUUUUUGUUGAACUGAGAUUGCGUGGAUUCUUGAUACAGCAGUAUUUCUUUCUUGGUUUCUUGGCUCACCCGAACCUUUUCAUCAGUGGCCAUUAUCUCCUGAGAAAUCUGAAGCUAUAUACAGAUAAUUACAAAUUGGUGAGUUGCUUGACAUGUAUCUUCAAUACCAAACGUAUUUGAAAUUGAGUAUCUAUUCUCCACCACGUCAUCUUCAUAGUCUUCGAAAUUUCUCUCUUUGGUCAAUGAAGAAGGACCCUGAUCUUGAAUCAGCUCUAUCUCGUAACCGUCGCUGGAUAGUAAAUAAUCAGAUUAAGAAUAUCAUUACGCGAUGCCCCAACCAGGUGGCAACAGUUAAGUUCCUCCAGAGAAAGUUCAAAACACUAGAUCUUCAAGGCAAAGCUCUCAAUUGGCUUAAAAAGUACCCCUGUUGUUUUGAAGUUUAUCUCAAGGAUGAUGAGUACUAUUGUGGGUUAACAAAGCGAAUGAUGUUUCUGGUGGAUGAGGAAGAACGUGUGAAAGAGAUGCAGGAAUCAGUAUUUGCCGAGCGACUGGCAAAGUUGUUGAUGAUGAACUCGAAUCGAAGGCUCAAUGUCAUGAAGAUUAAUGAGUUGAAGAGAUAUUAUGGAUUUCCAGAUGAUUAUUUGAUUAGAAUCAUACCCAAGUACCCAGAGAUGUUUCGACUUGUUAAUUACAGUGGGAGAAGAAGUUCAAUGGAGAUUGAGCUUGUUUCUUGGAAUCCUGAUUUAGCAGUUUCUGCAAUUGAAAUGGUUGCCCGAAAACAAGUGUCUGAGCCAUGCUUUUCAUGUUCAUUACCUUCAACUUGGAUAAAAUCAUGGGAGAGAUUUCAUGAGUUUAAUUCAUCUGCCUAUAUUUCUCCUUACUCAGAUCCCAGAGGUUUGGUGGAGGGAUCAAAAGAAAUGGAGAAGAGAACAGUGAGUUUGGUGCAUGAAUUGCUGUCACUGACCUUGUGGAAGAAACUGUCAAUUGUGAAGUUGGGUCAUUUUGGAAGAGAAUUCUGUUUACCUGAAAAGUUGAAUGUGUUGCUGCUUAAGCAUCCUGGGAUAUUCUAUGUCUCAAAUAAGUAUCAGAUAUACACAGUUCUUCUUAGAGAAGGAUACAAUGGGUCGGAACUUAUUGACAAGGAUCCACUUGUUCUUGUGAAGGAGAAGUUUGGAGAACUGAUGCAGGAGGGACUUCAUGAAUAUAAUCAGAGGCACCAUACGAUGAAUCUGGUAAGGAAGAAGAAGAAAGGUACGAUUUUGGAAAGAUCAGAAAAAAGGAAGGACCCGAGCACUGACAUGACUGAACAAGAUGAUCAGGGCGGUGAUGUCGGUGGCAUAUUUGAUCCUGAAGAAAGAGAACGGUUCUAUAAAUUGCUCUUUGAUGAUGGUGCACCCUGAGUUUUAAACAAAG